AUGCUGCCUACCCCGUCCUCCUGUCGUAUUAAAAUCUGGCCAGUGAUUGUUGUGGACCAGGAGGUGCGGUGGUACGCCUAGGUGCGGGAUGUCGUUGAGUCAGCCACCAGCGCAGUCUCCCGCCUCUGGCCUUCUUGACUGUGCGUUGACUCGAGGUACAGGUGGGGGAGGGGAAAGUGUGGUAGAUUCUGCGUAAGUAUACUAUCAGUAUAAAAUCCGUCAUGCGAAAUUCACAGUCCCCACUAUCACCCUGCUGUUGAGCACACAGUGGGUAUCGUCGAAUUAGACAGUCGAACUGUUGGAGUAUAAGGCGCCAACACAUUGUUGAGUGUCAGUUUCGCCGACUCACUUGUCCAAACAGUUUACGUGCUCAAGUGUCUGUUCAAAAACGGGAGUCAGAGGGUUACGUUAACAGGCAGUCAGCCUGUGCGUAUUAAUACACGCCCAAGAACAUAGACCUGUUUUGCCAACAUACAGGCAAGAAGAGCUAGUGGACAGCAAGCAGUGCAUAGUACUAUUCGGUUGGAUACGAUAUUCGACUCGUAAUAAUAAUGCACCAGAUGAAGAAGUUGGCUCGUGAGUAGUGUGAAUGUUAAUUCGACUCAGAUGUAGCAUACUACCAUGUUCGGUUUCCGUUUUUCACAUAUGCUACUGGGGCCGGGUACUGUUGCAUACGAAUUGCAUCCUACAAAUCCCGGGAAAUAUCUGUUAGAUCAGAAUAAAUGGGUCAAUUCGCAGUUGGGCUGCUUAUCCUUACUGCAGUACAGAGGUAAGUGGAUGAAGAGUCGCCUUUUCUGGAAUCUAGCGGAUGGUUUUAACGUUUGUAGCCUUUAAAUUCCAAGUGCAAAAUUGAGGAACUGAUUUAGAACACUGAUGGGUUUGAAAUUUGACGCCUCUAUAGUGGCAGUAGUCGGUGCACAGUCUUUAUUGACAAAGUCGAUUAUCAAAGCAAGGCCCAGAGCCGCCAUGGCAAACGUAAGCCCAACAAACUCGGAGCCAGUAUAUUUGAAAACCAAUAAUUCUGAAGGCUGUUAAGGUCUGGCCCUAAAGGAUAACAAUAACCGCAUCAACAACAAUAGUUUACGUGUUGCAGGUGAUAAGGUUGGCAUAGCCCACACACGGCUACACAGUGCCUUUGGAAAUGUUUUUACUAGGAAUAUAUUCAACGGCAUCGUUAAAUAUGUCCUCGAUGUAAGUCAACUGACGUUACCAUUUUGUCGUUUGGUUGACGUCAGACAAGAACAUACAAGAAUAGAAGUUUGUUCUCCACUUCCUCUUCCAUCGGGAGGUGUAGAUCGUGAAUGACUGAGCUCAGCAGUUCUUCGUAGUAGUUAAUUCUAUCCUAAUCGAUGAUAACGAAGGUAUCAUCAACAUAGCGCACCCAAAACUGGAGUUUGCUCUCCUGGAUUAGUUCUUUCUCAAGUGUUUGCAGAACCCCCUCGGCAAUGAGCCCGCAGAUUGGUGAACCCAUUGGAGUGUGCAUAAUUUGCCCAUGUAUGUGGUCCCUUUGAAGGUGAAAAUGUCCUGACGCAGUUCCCACGAGUUCUAUGAGAUCCUGAGCUGUAGGCAGGCUAUCGCCCUUAUCGUAAUUUUAAUGUGGCAUAACACUGAGCGUCUCGACCGCAAGGACCUGUGAUAUGGACGUUAGGAGUGAUACGACAUCAGAUGACACCAUUCUUUCAUUUGGUUCGAUCCUAACAGUCAUUAUUUUGUCAAGGAAUUGUUCUGCUGAGUGCACUGCUAUUUGCGAGCCCGUUGUUACCAAUUCUAGCUUCUGAAAUAGCCACUUUGCAAGCCAGAUGUGUGGGUGAGCCUCAGAGUGAGACGAUUGGUCGGAGAGGAACAUCUGUCUGUGUGCCUUUCGAAGAUCGCAGAAUCUCGCCGUCGAUGUUUCAGUGGGCCUUUCCAUAUACCAAUCUUUGACGGUGAUGACUUUUCCAUCCUUUGGUCGAGCCAGAGUUCUAUUAACUUUCGCCAGUAGGGACUUUAGACUGGUGACAUCGCUGACUUUGUAGGACGCCAGGUCAGAGGGGAACGUAAGAGCUUUGUUUUGGUAAUCUACCUUGUCAAGGACAACGGUUGACUGGCCUUUGUCAGCAGGCGGAAUAACUAUUUCGUCGCCCGCAUUUAUUUCCUUAGGGCCUAUUGUUCAUCUCUUAGCAGCGAAUGGGUUUUUCGAGGCGACAUGAGACGUGAGAAGAUUUGGUGUUGAAGGAGGUCCUUUACAUCGUCUGCUGCAGUGGUUUGACGUAGCACCAAUUCGAAAGAAGAACCGAAAGUAACCGUGUCGGCGUCAGUUGUGUUAAAGUCGGAUCCAAGUUGUAGAACUUUUCUUUGAGUCACAUUAAGAUGUUUCGACAAGAGGUUGUGUAAUAAGGUUUGUUCAUUUUUCUGGACUUGUACGAUCUGCAGGGCCAUGGACUUUCCCGAUAAGCCUGCAUCUCCGUUAGCACGUUCCUUUCGUCGCAAUAAUAUUAAGGUGUUCUUCAAUGUUGUGGCGGUCAGUUUACCAUAGCGACGUGUAAAAAGUAUCCUGAGGUUUUUAGCAUUGUGUGCGUAGUUCCUUAGCCGUAGGUGGCAAUCUUGAAGCAGUACCCCAGUCAUUCGCCUGCUAUGGCGGAACAUCGUUUGUCUAGCCAGUUCCGUGUUGACGAGAGGCUUACAGGAGAGGCAUUUUGGCAUAACAUACUUGACAAGGCAUCUGUGAAGGAAGUUGAGUUGUACUUUGUUCAAGGCUGGUCGGAGGACCUCCACUGCAUCUCUCCCGCUGAACGCCUCCGUUUCUUUUGUUAUGCCACCUGGGGAUGCACGUUCCUCACUUUUAAUGAAUUUUGCCUGCUUUGACUGUUGCACAUUUGUCCCCUGUUGGAAAACGGCUUGGGGAAAUAGUAUCGAAAAUUUACGGAGUACACUUUGCUCCAUUUUCCAACAUUACUUCCCCUCUAUCUACAUAUGUACAUGGUUACGCAAUCUGUCACCCUGUUUCCUGAACUACGUCUUUAGGCCUUUCAAUGGGAAAUAUAAAAUCUCUUUUCUAUAUAUCUUUUGGACUUGUUUACCAUUAUUUCGUCGGUCGUAUUUGACGUACACGACAAAUGUUAACUACUAAACCGACUAUUGUAUGUUUCUUCUGGGAACAUCUGAGACUCUGUUGACGUCUAUUUUUCCGGCAUCCCUGCUCAUUGUUUGCACCGCCUCUUUUUAAGAAGAACUUCUAUGUGCCAUCUAAGCUUGAUGAUUGAUGCAUGUAGUGUAUGAGUGCAUUGUUUCUGGGAAGGAAGGUGGAGGAGAAGGCCAAAACUCUGUGAGCUGCCGGAUCACCCGAUCGGUCCCACAUUUACAUGGUUAUGGUCGAUGACUGUAAUAACAUCGGUCACUCUCCUCUCACUUUAUUCCCUUCCUUACAUGAUCGACUACUGUGGCGUGCUGUGCAGUCGUAUUUAUUAUUUAAGAUUAUUCGCUGUUACUUAAACUCGUUUACCUAGACAACUUCCUUCCACUCUCACCAUGCCCACCGUCAUAUCAUAUCAACAUUCCAUCUUUUUAUUCACCUAUCACGUUUUGUCCCUCUAAGCCGUCUUCCGUUUGAACAGUUUAUCUUUCUACAGUAGGUGAGUUAACUCAGGAAAUGAAGGCAAGCAUGUACAGCAGAAUUUAUUGGGGCCAAUAAAUUUCGUGACGGCUUUUCAACUGCAGCCCGUCCCUGCAUAACAUAGGUAACGAAUGAAAGCGCACAGCAGUAUGAAUUUGUACAGAACGGCAGUGCAUAAGAGCAAGGUCAAGGUUCAAGGCAAUGAAUAAUCAGAUAAGACGUCCACAUAAGCAUUAUAUAGGAAGGAGGGCGACGAAAUGUUAACAGCAAAUCACAGUCAAGGAUAACUUGAGGCGUGAGAUUACCAGGGCAAUUGCAGACUGAUCACAUGAUCUAACUGCUUGCACAGGUCUGGUUUCUCCCUCCGCAUGAAAGCUGCUUCCAAAAAACGCAAGGUUUCAGUUGUAUGCGCUCGGUCAAGUACCUGAAAAGAUGCUUUAGGGUCGACAACAUGACCGCUAUCUAACAGGCGUUUCGUUAUAGACGAACGGGGGGUUUUGUUUUCCUGUUUAAAAAGCCAAUUAGGCAAAUGCUCAGCGGCCCUGGUUGCCAGUUGCCUUUGCGUUCGCCCAAUAUACCUGCAUCCGCAAGUGCAUGUGAAUUCAUACACACAAUUUGGGGUGGCGUGCAUUGGCAAGACAUCCUUUGCCCGGUUAAUUGGAAGGCUUUUUGUGAAACUGAUGAAGAUAAGCUCUGAUGCGUUGUACGUUCUUUCUAUACUGAACCUCAAGCGUCGCUAGACUGCGUUUGAGACCUUGUCACCCUUAAAAGGUAGACAUAUUUUAACGGGCUUCUUCGGAACGGACAGUUCCGUCAACUUUGGCCGCAAAUGGUUGCUGUACUUCUGAAUGAAGCGUGCAGGAUAACCACGAUUAAGUAAGGCUUCUUUAAUUCGGUCAGUUUCUGUAACUAUGUUCUCCCUGGAGCAAAUAUUUCACGCUCUUUUAAAAAGAGUAUACACUAGAUUACGUUUCCAUUGUAUUGAUGCAAAGCUUUUAAAAUGUAAGUAUUGCCCUUUCCACGUAAUCUUGUGGAAGACGGAACGUCUUAUUGAGCCAUCAUCCUUUCUAAACAUGAGGACGUCCAGGAAGGGUAACUUGUUAAACUGCUCCAUUUCCAUCGUAAAUUUAAUUUUAGGAUGCAGAUUAUUCAUCAGGCAAAGUAGGUCGGAGGCGUCUUCCUUGUUGUCAACAAUCGUGAAUAUAUCAUCCACGUAUCUCCUGUAAAAUGUUUAAUUUUGAUGACACCUUUUCUUCUACAUAACACAUACUAACGUCGGCGAGGGUUGACCUGAGUGGACUGCCCAUUGCGACUCCGUCAAUUUGUCUGUAAAGUUCCCCAUUAAACAGAAAUUGAACAUCUUUGGUACACAGUACCAGCAGAUCCCGUAGUAGUUUGGGGGAGAGUCGCCUUCAUUCGUUACCUAUGUUAUGCAGAGACGGACUGAAGCUGAAAAGCCGUCACGAAAUUUAUUGGCCCAAAUAAAUUCUGCUGUACAUGAUGGUUUCAUUUCAUACCCGGGAACAAAUGCUUCAAACUCAGGAAAUGUCAACCGAAAUUCCGAAUUGCGUUAUUGUUUCGAAAGUAUUAAUUAAUAAUGGUUGUUAUACUAAUCAUCAUGCAUCAUAAUUCUACAAUAAUUCCGUUUCCACAGCAUGCUGGCUUUCGAACGAACUUUUUCCCUGCUGCAGGCAAAGCUAUACUCUUUAAAAUAUGACCCCUUAAGUAGCAUGCAUUUUUAUCAUUGAUUUUUGAUACCCUUUAAACGUAAAUUAUAUAUCGUAGAAAACAGCCGUACAAAUAUUCACUCUUUUACGCACCCGGUAAACAAUCGUGUCUUCUUUCAGUUUUAUACUUGAGGGAAGCGUAUAAUUUGGUUUUCAAAACUCUUUAAAUUCUCGAAUAAUUCUGAACCCGACCUGCUGUUACACUUGUAUUCAGAGUUUCCAAACGAUAGGGUGUAUAUUUCCGCGAACGGAAAAUCAUACAUUUCUCUACGCUAUUAAUAGAAGACCACAUGGGGUUUAGAAAAUUUAGCCGUGGAUUGGAGCCAUAUUGUUAACUUUACAAGCCACAUUGGUAAAUGCAGGACGAAUUAUAUCCCCUUUCGAGCAUCAAACUGAAAGAAGACGCAACUGCCCACCGAAAGUGAAAAAGAAUAAUUGUUUUCUGCAUGCUUUCCAUAAAAUGUAGUUGAAUUUUAUCGUCAACUAAAAUCGAUUAGAAAAACGCAUAAUACUUAACUAGUCAUUUUACAUGCAUGUAGCCGGAAAGAUGGUCGACCGAAAGCCAGCAUCCUAAGGUAAGCGAAUGAUUAGUUUUAUAACCAUAAUUAAUUACGCCUUUCGAAACGAAAACGCAUUUCGGGAUUUCGGUUGUCAUUUAAUGAGUUGGCCCACCCACUUUAAUAUUCAGUUACUGUACCGAGGUGUUUAAGAUUUUACCAAAUGUGAUCACCUCGGUAAAUUCACUCUUGUUUUUGUUUCGAUUAAAACUGCCAUUUCACUAUCUUUCCUUUUUGGUAUUUAUUCGUUCAUCACUACCGGUCGUUAGACCACUGUCUGCGUGAGCUCUUGCUUGAGCCCAUUGAAGCAAUGGCAUGCGCGCUUCCCACGAUACAGAUCAGUCCCGAACGCAGGCGACGGGGUAACAGGCGUCCGAUGGAAUGAUAGGACGUUAGACUUACCACUCAUUAGCUAAAUUAUUCGGGUUUGAGUCGCAGAUGGUACAAAGUAGGAUUAGGAUAUGUGUUGUUGAUGACGGCUAAUAAGCCAGGAAUUGCCAUCUCAGUCAUCCCCUCUCUCUGUCUGUAAGUAUUCCUUCAUAAAUCAGCAUUGGUCGCUGCGCCCUUGGCCGCAAUGGCUUUAGAUCAAGGCUCAGGACGCAAGGUGCUGAGCAUCUCUCUGCCCUGGUUGGUGAAAGCGUGUGCCGCCUUAUUAUGCAUGUAUGUGGAGAAAAGAGAUAAAGCAGUCCCCCUGGAGGUCGGCUUGUCCAUAUGAUUUUUCACGCUCUUGCCAGUAUGCAUCAUUUGAAGUGUUCGUGGGAAUCGGAUGGCCCAAAGAGGUCUUUCUAACUCACUCCUGAUAUCCCGAUCAGACUUUCUUCUCACUUGAGCUGCACCGAGUUCGCCCUUUCUAUUUACACCACUAGAACAGGCGUCAACACUUUGUCUAGACAUAUGAAGGUAACAAAUGUGAUCACGUACAUUGCCUACACCAGUAAUCCAGCUUACGUUUAGGCCUUCGCUUAAGUACUUAAGGCAGUUUGAUAAGUUGGUUAACUUCCUAAACUUGCUUGAAAUGCACGACGUCUGUUAAGUUUGUGUCAAUAAUUAGUAUUCCGCUAUUUAGAUUGGCUGACGUCCACGCCAUUUACACCUAAAAUUCCUAAGCGUGGCAUCCAACCCAACACGCCGAUUAAUGCAAGGCUUGUCGGAAUGCAUGAACUCGAAGGAAUCUCGGCCAAUCCGGAGUGAGCAGACACCAACAAUGAGAGUUUUAUUCGUGAGUGGAGUAUUCAGUGUAUGCACGACUACAUGCGACUCGUUAUAGAUGAUUGUGAAUAAAGAUCGUUGUGCUAGUCUGGUCGGCCUGGAACACGCCAUGUCUUCAGACAUAUGGGUGGAGUACUUGGUCAGGGUUUUGAAUAAAAUAUUUCCUAAAAGGUGGUACUUAGUGGAUAUAAAUACAUUUAAUUUAUAAUGCUACUAUAUGUGCCUGUAACGGCACCUUUGCAUAAGGUCGACGAAAAGGAACGGGUAGCUACUAUGCGCCUGCCCAGUUAAAACAUAUGGGGAUCUUAAAUACUUUAAAAAAAACCUGGAAUUUUGCUAAAGUUGUAUAGACCUGUGUGAUGCGAUGUUCCAACAAAUUGACUUUUAGUCAUUUAUAUUACAGCCCAUUAUUCGAUGGUGUACGGCACCAUAUGUAUUCCUAGAGGCCCAUUAAACUGAAGUACUCGUGCGCAGUGGUAUUUAAGAUGCACGUAACUGUUUUUAUCUUACAAAUACCCAAUGGUCGAUGUUCGGUUAUAUUUAGAAGUCACCUCCUAGUAAUCUCGAUUAGAAUGCUUUCGUAUUUAAAUAAGAGAGUAAAAACGUAGGUGCUUGCGCCAAAAGCAGUGCUGGAGUAAUUGUGGUACAAUGAAGUUCACUUCUGCAGGGGAAAUUCGUCAUUAUAUGUAUAUGCAUGUAACAGUGUCACAAUCCUUUUCUUUUGACACUAUGAAUGCAGAGAAGAUAUUUAUUCAUGUUCUUCUAACUAGUUGGUGUUAUUUCGUUGAGUGGGUAAACCGAGAGCAAAAUGCACAAGGUAUGGUGGUAACGCAUAAGAUUAUGCGUGUACUUGCUUUUUUGUAGAUCUCCUCAAAUUAAUAUCUUAUAUAUAGCUUCAAUUACGGUCUUGAAAGUCGAAUUACCACUGAUGUUUUGGGAAUGACAUCACGUUUAGGUGAUUAUACACAGCUCGAACAUAAACUACAGUCAUAUGUGGCCAAGACCUGAUCAGUUCUUGUAACCUGCCCAUAAUUUCAUGCACACAUAAUUGAAUAACAUGAUUCAUCCCUUUUAAGGACUUACAAAACACUUGAUGUGAUGAUAUUUUUUAUUAUAAGGGAAUAUGUCUAUGCGUCACGUCGCUGGAAUUAGACACUUCUUCUGGCUGGUGGCGACCAACAAGCUGGAAACGCCAUUCCAAUUAUCAUUGCCUUUGUCGGUAACGUCGUUUUACCAAUUGAUCACUAUAUUCCCAUAUCUGACAGGAGUAUGUUCUAUCUACUGCUAGCAAUAUUUUUCAAUUUUAUUCACUUUAAGAAGUGAAGGGAGAAGACAAAAUGCAACACAGCCGAUGAGAGCCAACAGCGAGUCACUGCCUACCCCCGCGAGUUUGUUAACCGUAGCGUAUGCGGACGAAACCAGAAACCAAAUCCGACUGGUCUUUAAUUUUGGUGAGCGCUUCUGUAAUUGAGAAACAUCUCGGAAGCCGUCAGUCGCCAGCUUACUGCACUUUGAGCGGUGGUCGCCCACAAGCCGGAAGCAACCAUUAGGCGCCAAGUCAUGAAGCCGAAAGACCCGCUGCUAUGGAGUCAUUUAGUGGACCUGUUGCAGUUGCGGACAGAGCAACUACAUCGGAGAUACUGGGGAUUUCUCCGGACGCGCAUGUCUGAACGCGCAGUGGCGGUGAGAAUGAGAGAUACUGGCCCUCAAGUGUCGAUUCAUUCCAUGGAUAAUAAACUUCUUGUUGCAUUGGUCACAUCCUCUUCUUUAACACAGCCCUCUAGUUUGGUUGAAAAUAACAAAUAAUUUAAUUUACUAGUGCAGAUUGGAUUAAUACGCAGUUUUAUUACAAAUAAGCAUAUUGAGCCUUAAAGUCGGGCGAGUUACUGAAAACACAAUUGUUUAUAAUUCAGUAUUGAAGAGAAAUGAGUUUAGGGACCUUCCGAAAUGAAGCGGACGGAGUGAUGGGACGGGCGUUAGCUCUGCCCGCUACUAAACCGCUUGACUAAUAGGUCGGAUAUGGAAAUAUGGACCAGGAACCCAACUCAACAUUACAGGCGGUACCGAUUCCAUGUCGUGAGUUUAACCCUAACCCCAAAUUGAUGAAAUGUGCGAUGGUGCAGAGGGGAUAGAAUUUGUUGAUAGCGUAAUCUAAUUGAGAAGAGAGCUUGGCGUUGAACAUUGCAUGCUGGUUUGAGUUGAAUUUUAAAUGAGUAUACUUAGCUGCCUUUUUUAAAUGUUUUUCCAUAAAUACUACAACAUAUCUUUUGAUUACGAAUGCCCAUUUUAUCCUCCUAAUGUCAAAUUCCCGUAAUGCAUGAGCGAGGAUAAAUGCCACGCCCGCCAGUUUUUUUUCGGGAAACGGUUUAAAUUAGCAGCUUCAUAUUUGCAUUCUUAGACGCGGGUGCCUCACACCCUUUUGCGUCUGUUCAAAUGAAAAUCCCGGUAUUUGAGCUGACAUAUGAGUCUAAGGUCUUGCGUCCAUGAGAGAUAAAAAUCACUGUUCCACACUUUUGACCAGAACUUCUCGUCUUCUGGAUUUAUUUUUUUGAAUCGAAGUGUGAGACUAUUUGAGAAUAUUAAAGUAACACAACUAUCCUACUUUUACAUAAAAAAACGAAUCUCCAGUUGACGACCUGUGCCUUUAUCAUAUCUGAUAAACCGAUCAAAUGCACUUUUUGGCAGAAAACGUCAUGAGAACAACCGUGCGUUGAUGUGUUCUUUCAGGAAAUAAACAUAUUCCCGAACGAACCUAAUACCUACCCUACCUCCUUUAUUUUUUUCAAAACCUGAAGUGUAAACCGUGUGCUUGCCAUCUCGAACAUAGUUCACAGCUGCGGAGGUUCAUAAAACAGGCAUAGUUUAUACUUUUGGCGUAUAAACGGACAGUCACUAGAGUGAAUUUGGUGACAUACACGGCAACACCCUGGAAUUAGGUGUCUCAAAAAACCUGUUCUUUUCACGCACUCGUAUUGGCCCACAGUAGGGUUUAAACACAAAUAAAAGUCGACUUGAAAGUCCUUCAGACUGUCCGCUAUGCACGAACGCUAAACGUAUCCAUUGGCCUUUAAAGGCAGAGCAAAACGCCUCCAAGUAAGUUGUAGUCUGUGCCUUAUUGUUAGCAUAUUACCAGUGUAAACGAACUACAUUUAGAGGAAAUCUUCACUUUUUCCUGCAAACAAACUGCGGCCUUUGUAUUUGCUUCAAUUAAAUCAAAUUUUAAUCGAAUUAGCAGGUCUGUGGUUAUAUAAACUUAAAAUUAAUGCUUUGCUUAUGUCUGUUAUUUCGAGAACAUUUAUGUAGAAUUAAUCUUAAAUGCUAGGCGACUACGACAAUUACUGAUUUUUCUAAAUAUUAGUCAGGCUUUCUCACCUUUUUACUUUGUUUUCCAUCAACAGACACGUAGGACAAGCAGAUUAACGUAAAAUGUGGCGACGUAUGUAGUCGCCCUGUGACCAUAAAGCCACAUCUAAACGCAGGAAAUAAAACAGAUUCCCUUAUUUCCUUAAAUUGUAUAAAAAUGUUGAGGCAAAUAUUCACACCAACCGUCGAAGGAUUAACCUACGCAACUCGGAUACGAUAUUUUCAAAUCAAUAACUGAAAUGAAUAGGAACCUUGCGUGCUUCUUUUUUUGCAAAAGUAGGGUGGUUUUUGAGGUUAAAUGUUGGUUGGAAUUGAAUAAAACACAAAUGUUUACUAAUUCCUCUCGAAUUUUUUAAAAUAAUCGUACGUGAUGGUCUCACAAACCAAGCAAAUGUUCCAAAACUAUAAGCAAAUAUAGCGUCAUCUGGGUAACAUUUUCACCACUUGGCUUGCGCCCGGAUAUGGGUAAUAUGAUGAACGAAGGACUCUUUUGGGAUAUUUGGUCAUGCAAAUCUUAGUUUUCCUUAGGAAAAUCAGUUUGACUGUCACCGUUACUACAACUACCGGUAAGGAUCGAGUGAAGCCCCCCAAGCACCUGUGGCAUACAAAGAAUACAUACUAUACUUAUUUAAGUGGGUUUUUAGUCUGACACGAUUAUUUCGGUCAAGCGUGAAGCUCUGACCUCGACGAAUGUCCAGAUGAAAGGAUAGAAAUGGUCAUAAGUGUUCACGUUCGUAUGGAAUAACUUAUGAUCGGCCCUUAGUUUUUAAGCAGUGGGAACACACGGGGGCCAGAUCAGUGUGCGGCACGCGCUAUUGAGCUGCGCGCUCAUAACAAAUUCCAUACAUUGAAAGUGUGACGACAUACAUAGGUGCAGGCUCGCGGAGCGCCAACCGCUUGUACCUUCUCCUGCCUUCGGUCCUGACGCAGGGUCUGGGGGUGAAAAUGGAGAGACUGCAGUAGGUGCCACGCAGUCUCUAAUGAAUAUUAGACCAAUUCACGCACAAGUCCCUCUCCCUCCAAACAAACUGCUGUUGGGCACGCGGUAUACACCGUCGGUAACGACGGUCGAGCUGUCGUGAAUGGAACAUAAAAGAUUAAAACUAACCAGGCGUCGACACUAUUUCGAGACUGUUUUCAGUCGUUUCCGUCCUAGAAUUGAGCCCUACUUUGGCCUUGCAUCACGCAUUGACAGGCAUUUUAAGAGGUCUGUUUAUCAAUGUCUGUGUUUAUUACCUGCUUGGCUGUGGCUUUCGUGUUUUGGUGAAAAACAUCACCUGAUCAGCAGUCAAUGAAAACAGCUUAACCUAAACAGGAAACGGCGUUCUGGAGAUAUGUGAAAGACAAAAGGAAAUGUGCAUUUGAUUGAGGGCACACGCAAACAAAGCCCCGUUUCUGUGUCUGAAACUGUUUUAAAAUGGAGAUUCGGGGAAUUUAUUUCAGUAAAUUUGCGUCACGUGGGGCGGCGCUCACUUGACUGCGCGAAGCAAUGGGUUCAUUCGAUUUUUCUUUGACGCUACCAUCUUCAACACCAUAAACGUGAAGUUUAUUUCUCGUCCCGAAAUCAACGUACAUCAGCUAUGUCAUGUUCAUGAUAUCCUGAAUACUUUAGAAUGCACCAGACUGCGUGUUAACCUCUAACUCUAGCGAUAAGAAGUUGAUUGGGAUGAAAACCUAACGCAUAGUUAGAGCCUUGCGUAUUCUGAAUUGAGAUUAAAAUGUGGUUGGCCGAUAACGCUGAGUGGACGAGACACUUGACACCACUGAAUCUGCUUUCCGACAAACUAGGUUGUAUUCUUGAUGCAUUUGAUUUGCUAUAAGAAUUUUCUACUUAAUGAAAGACCAGCAGUCAGUCAGUUACCGUCAGAACCUGCCGAUGGGAAACAGUGAAACAACCAUUGGCGACUUGAUACUUCAAUUACAUUUUACUGAUACAUACAUUUUAGUUCGUUUGCUUAAGAAACGAAAAGAGGGGAUUUAAUUUGUUUCGCGUACAGUAAGUUGAUGCCCGUUGGCUAAUGCAAGGCCUAUAGGUGAUUACAUUUUAUUUAGUGAAUCGUGGUUUUGACUUUACAACGCAUGACUAUAUUUUUCUUACUGUAUUAUGAGUUUAAAAUAUCUCUAGUUUACGGGAAACCCAUUGGCCUGGAAAGGCAGGUCUGGGCCGUCACUGAGAUUGGCUAUAACAUAAAUGUUUCGGUGGGUUCUGUGAAACUGUUUUACGACUGCGAUGAGAAAUUCCAUUUAAACAUUACCAAUUCAAGUUUGCCUUCCGCAAAACUAAAGGCGUUUCCGAUGCCUUCACUAAGGAUGGCAAACUUAUUAACACAAACAUAAAACACAUUCUUCGAGUUGAACCAUAUCUGCGCAAAAUUCUAUUAACGUGCGUCUUUAAAAUGACAUUUGGUAUCCAGUUCCUCGUAGAGAAGUAAGGAAAUUUUCCGCGCGUUACCACUAGAACACGUGUCCGUAUCGCUUUGAAUUAGAAAUCGCUGUGUUAUUACAGAGUAAGCAUUUGGUAGGGAUUAGUUAUUGAAAAUAAAACCUCUAGAUGCACCAACAUAACGUAAAAGACAAUAGUGGAUUUAGAACGUCCUACUUGUUCACCGAAGGUAUGACCUAAUGCAUAAUUUCUAUUCUUAUAGGACGCAUGGAUCCGCGCAAGCUGGGGAAGAUCAAAGGCCUUUUACUGGUGUUCAUACUUCUUCCACUAUCUCACGGCAGCGCAACAAAUGAAGACAAAAAUCAGACGUCUGAAUCUGACAGAAGCGGUUUGAAAAGAAGUUCUCGAGCUGCUGUGCCCAUCCAAGCUAUCCGAUGGCCUGGUGGCGUCGUACCCUACAUAAUCGACAGGCAGUUAUUCAGUAAGCCUUAACGGUCGUCAUUUCAAUUUUCGUGAAAGCGUCUGUCAGCAAUAAUGCACAUGUGAAAAUGCAUGUGAAAAUGAAUGCGUAAGUGGUCUGUUUAUUUUUGCGCACGACCAGACCAUUUUAACUGCCGGAAUGUUUAUAUGAUAAUUUUGGAGAAGGUGUGCGACGUUUAGUGCAAUUUCGUCUUACCUUCUUUAAGACAGAAAUGUGGAAUAUGCGCAAAUUUUUCGAAUAUAUCUACUUGAAAUAUGCAAUUAACUCAAAAUUCACUUCCCGAUGUUCUUACAAUUUUCACUUAACUAGCAUACGUUAGUAAAUGUAGAAUGGACGUACGGUGUUUUACUUAUAAUUAAUACAGCCCAUAUCUUUCAUAACUUUUAUAAUUGCUGUGUGUGCUGCAAUAGCUAAGCACAAACAAUUGGGCACUCAUCUUUGGGCAAUUUUACGACGGUUGUAAACGGACCGAAAUAAUCGGUAGUAAGUUUCCGGCAAACAAAUAUCUGCGCAUGCCUCUGCAGCAGCUGCGUAUUUCGUGAAUCGUUCGGCAAAAUUGUUAAAAGAUAUCUUUUGGUAAGGAAAUAUUGCCUAAGUGGAGUUUGCCUAAUGACUAAUAUGCGGCAUAAUUCAAAGGUAUUUUAGUCAGAUUAGGACGCGGAAUUCUGAGUGCGUUUCCUUCUGGUUUCCCGUAAGGACCGCACUUGAUGGAAAUGACUACUUAAUUAGCAUAAUUUGAUUCUUUUACUCUUGGCGUCCUCAUUAGGCCAAGCAUAUAUUAUAGAAAAAUGCACAAACUAUCUAUUUUUAAUUUAUUUGGCAGUUGGGUAAUAUGCGGUUUGGAAGCCACACCAGAUGGACACAAUACUGUCGAAAAUGGGGCUAAGGGUUAGGGUACGGGGCUAUGGGUUAUGGCUAGGGGCUAUGCUUCAGGAUUAGGGGUCAGAGGGUGAGAGGUUAGGGUUAGGGGCUAGUGCAACUGUUUCUAAACCAAUCAAAGUAAAACCGUGCAUUCUCAAUAGCUAUUUCUUUGCGUACAAUUAAUUGACCUCGUCGCCUGUGCGUUCCCCGGUCCCACCUGUAUCAUCCCCUAUUACCACCGGUCCCGCAUUAGAGCUGACAGGGGUUUGUUUACUACAGGUGGGGAUACAAAACCACGCUCGACCGACAGUUGUUUGCGUCUCGUCCAGAUAUUGUAACCGACCACGGUUAAUUUUGAUCUUUCGGAGAUACUUUUUAAUUUCCAAGUAAUUUCAACCCCGCCUGCCGUUAGACUUGUGUUCAGGGGUUCCAAACUCUUAGAUAUAACUUUCCACGCAAAACACUUAUGAUAUAUAAGAUUCAUUAAAUUAUGCAAUGUGUAUGAAGUAAAUUGCAUUCUUCAUAGUAGGCACUAAUAAACGAACAAAAAGCAUGCUAUUUUUAUUAGCCAUUUUGUGAGCUCAUACUAAUACUUAUUAUAAAAUAUUGUAACUAAAAGUUACCGUUCCUUCCCGCACAAAAUUCUGGGGAAAACGUCCUUUAGUACUACAUAAGUACACUGGAGGGUAGUUUUAGAUGUGAUUCCCGUAAAAUAUUUCGGAAUUAUUGUUUGACGAAUAUAUCAUAGUAUGAGGUUAUAUGCAAAUAGAUACAGAUUUAGAAAUUGUGACCAAAAUUUCAUUUCAGUGCUUCUUUAUUUCAAAGUAAUCAAAAUUAGCAAUAUGUUAUUUACAAUAAUAUAACAUGAGUGAGAUUUCUGCAAAUCCUUCCAAAAGUAGCUGAUUUUGUAAAGGCACAACAAUGGCAAUUUUAUAUGUCCACAACUUUGACGAAUAUCUUUUUUAGGAUCUUAGUAAAUCACUAGAAAGACCUGACAGGAGACAAUCGGACAAUUGAUUCUAGAUAGGACUCCAUGGUUGGCAAUAUAAAACGCUCUCUUUUAAAUGAUCUUUUCGUACGAAAAGCAACAUAACGAGACGAAACCGAUAAAUUGCAGACUUUUGUUUUAAUUUAAAGAUAGUUUUGGUGCGAUGUCUGUUUUCAGCAAAAAGUGAACUCGACGAUCUCAUGGAAGCUAUAAAAACGUGGAAUGAUGAAACAUGUAUGCAGUUUCGACCGUACAGAAAUGGGGAUAAGAACUGGAUCAGGAUCACGGAUGGAGAAGGGUGGGUAAUGUCAUUUGAGUUUAUUCGAAUGAGUGUGUCAAAUCAUUCUGCAAGAAUAACUUGACAUAAAUUGACAAGGGGUCUUAUUAACCCUAAAGGUCCCGAUAAACGACUGUUGGCUCCACUUUAUUUGAAAAUGAUCAGGACAUGUUACGUUUUUGAUAAAUACUGAAUGGUGUAAGAAAGAAAAUUAUCGCAUGCUGCCAAGCCGGUGUGGAUGUUUGACACUGACGGCUCAACCGUCGACUCCGACGAUUUCGUUCAUGUACGACACAGCAAGGUGGGAGCAAGAGGGGGUGGUUUACACAUGGAAUAGUUUAUAGUGAGAGUAGACUUGCGCCGCGUUAACCGAACUCUCACCUUCUCUCCCACGUGGGCCUAGUGUCACAGAAGAGUCAAGAAGUCCGGGAUCAGGAGAGGACGCGGGGAUUGACCCGACAUGAACCCGAAAUUUGGCGUGUCACCACGAAAACUUCGUCAGUCCCUUGUGCAUGAAACACCCGUAUCUGCUUUCAUCUGUGAGGAUGGUUUCGAGCAGGUAUCCGGAACGUCGGGUGAAUAAAGCCCUUGUCCCAGCGACCCUGUCUCGUUCUUCACGACUGCAUCCUGGGACUCGUCUCUUCGCUUCAAUUGGAAUUCUAUGAUUAUGUUCGACAAGAAGAGAUGCCAAUCACUAAAGUAAUUUAUAAAAAUUCAAAGAUUGCUCAAAUAGUUGCGAUUUGUAACAGUGGAGUGUAACAUAUUCAUUCUUGGCAAGCUGAAUAAUAUGUCUAUUCACAGACCUCUUCGCCUACAUAACCUAUCAAUGAAGGGCAUAAAGCGACAGUAUCAAUAGCGAUUUUAAAUUUGGUCGUUUGUGGGCAAAUUUAUACAAAUUCCAAGUCUGCCAUAUGUGAACGACUGUAAUAUUUUUCUACCUGAAUUCUGUAUAUAACUCCUUUCGCUUGAAGAGACUAAUUAUUUCGCCCGUUUUCAAUAGCUCUCUUUUAAAAUGUCACCGCUUAUAUCAGUCGUCUUUACUAUUUCUGUUAAACUUAUAAAUAUUAUUUGUUCUUUGCUGACGACGACAACUGAAGGCGAAUUCUUUUUUCGAUUUUCUGUAGGAAUCUGAGACUCUUGUUUUAUUCCAACACAUGUUUAUACGGAUACUGAACAAUGCCGCAUUUAGAAACAACCUCCCAUGUCGACUGACGUACUUAUCCGCAUAUAAAAUCUGAAAAGGCGUGCAAUGUGUGGGGCAUAGUAGAGAAAAAAAUCAAAGCAGACUGCUGUCAUGAUUUCAGAAAACGCAGCAGCUUAAGAAACAAAAAAAUCUCAGUUUGCAUCCAAUGACUGUCAUUUCAUGUAUACAAAGGAGUUAUGUCCUUCUUAAACAACUUGUCGCAUGGAAAUACGUUUAAAUCCGUUCUAGUGAGGAAUGGUGUCAGUCUACGGGCCCAUGUUAAAUUGCCUUAGAAUAUAAUUGAGUCAUUCUACCCCAAACACAGACUAACGCGAAUGGUAGCGAAAAAAAUGAUAUUAUCUUGCGCAGAAGACAGUGGCAUUCCGACUGAAUUUCAUCUGUAGGACUCAAUGGUACAUAAAUGGUGUUUAGUUUUGUUUGAUACUUUUGAUAGAGAGGCGGGCAUUUCUAGCAAAAGCCAACAGACUAAUGCGAACCCCCACCAAUUCCAUCUUAGCCUAGGUCCGAGAAACCCUUAAGUCUCUUAGCAGAAGUAAUUUGGCGCAAAUUCCUGUAACAACACAGUCGUCGCAUUAAGAAUGUUUUUUGCAAAGUUUCAAACGGUUUUUCGGCUAUCUUUAGUGUCAUUCGUUUAGUAAGACUAAAGAAGCAUGAGGAAUACCUUAAACAGGGAAUAGAAUAGUUACUCGGCAAAGCUCGGAACCGCGGCCUUACUGGAAAAUGGGAAGUUGGUGCACCUCUAAUACCCCAAACUUAGUAAUAGGGGUUUUAUGGAUGGGGCUAGGGGGAAACACCGAAAUAUGUGCGAAAACUAAGAGAAAAACUGGGACAUUAAUGGUAACUGUGCUAGUUUGAUUAAACGAGUACUAGAAUCUCAGCGUGAGCAGCGCGAGAUACGAAAACUCGCUGUAAGAAUCCAUUAAAAAGCAACUCCAAUAAGAGUAAUGAUAACUGGCCUCUCAAUGUAACUGAUAUUAAACCGCCCAAGUAGGUAACUAGUAAGACGGAGGCUAUACAUGAAAGUUGCAGAAAAAGGGAAAGAAACUGACACUAAACUCUAUCUCCAAUUAUUGUAGACUGGACACUCAGUCGGACUUAAAAAGAAAGCUUAAUUCUAACGGUAAGACAAAAUUGAGUAAGCAAUCGCCGAUCGCAACGGUAAACAAUCAAUCUAACUCCAAACUGAACACGAACAACUUCUCCUAGCCCGCAACAUAGCGCAAACCUUAGUCCUAAACCUAACCCAUAUCUUCCAGCCCCAAUCAUAACCCUAGUCGCCUAACAACGAACCCCCAAGCCCAAUCCUAAGCAUGGGUGUACAAACUGUAGCACAAUUACUGGAGUUAAUACAAGUAGUAAAGCAAUGGAUUGUUGGCCAAAGCAGGCUGCAUUUCCGAGGCUCACAAAUUGCUAUUCAAAUGCACUGAAUGUCAUAACAUAUACAGUCAGUUUCCCAAAAAUGCGGCCAGUUGAACUCGGUCAGUCUAUUGACAUGACUGCUCGUCCGACGCAAUACGACAAUGUCUACGUGUGCCCCACAGCAAGGUGAAGUAAGCACGGUGACUUGCGUGUGAAUCAGUUUAUAGUGAAUGUAGACUUGCGCAACAUCCGCAGCACUCUUUUCUCCUCCCGCACCUGGAAACGGUGUUGUGACAGAGUCAUGAGGACCGAAGACCGGGAAUGGCGUACAACUCUACACCUCCUUGUUCAAAACAAAUACUAAACCAGGAUUUUGACCAGUAAAAACAACAGCGGAAAAAACGUGGAUGACCGAGCAGUCAUACACACGACCUGCUUACCCAGUGGGUGUGCAAGCGCAUGUCUCAGCAGGGAACCAGGUACCAGAGAACUUCCAGCGCACACCAGGCUGGUAACAUGCAGACACGACCAAACCCAGGCAUCGGCUUCACUGUAUUUUCACAGAUGGGGUAGGCAUGAAAACACAUUAUUCUGCGAGGUUCGGAUUAGACUUAAUGCCAAACUUCUGUAAUUUAGGCGAUUUUGCUAGCAACAGUCACAAAACAUAUUCCAAAUAUAAAUGUACACAAAUAUUUCAUUUUCCAGUCGGUAUGUGUUGCAGCAGACCCCAAAGAGUAUAUUAUUGACUGAUUUCAAAAGUGUCUGUAAACAGAAAAUAUUGUCUGACCUACUUUGUACUACUUCGAACUAUGGAAUUAAUCUCGAAUCCCACUGAUUCCGCUGAUGAUCCAUUGGAACUUUACUCAGAAAAUUGCGUUAUGCUAUACCAAGAAACCGCGCAUGCUAAGAACCAGGUUACUUGCCAUUAUUUUUCCCGGAUAUGAAAUUACAGUUAUUCUCCACAAAAAGGAGAAACUUAAAGUUCCGUAUUAAAGCCAUUUCCUGGGCACUUUCAUCUGCAUAAACCUGACAUUCGAAGCUUCACAGUAUUUCGUUAUUGAAAAAUUAGAUAGUAAAUUGACGUUUUGUAGAACAACCUGCGUUUUAAAUCAUUUUAAUACGAUGUGAAAAACGAUGUCAAACUUGGUAUGUACCAUUAUGAGACAAGAGGUCGCGUAUGUAGACGAUGGGGACGAAUCGUUGUUUGCUUACAUAAAGUAGGUGGGCUAAAUCUAGAAAUGUCAACCGAAAUUCUUAAAUAUGUUUUCGUCUCGAAUAAAUUAAAUAAGUAGGAUUCAUAUUGACCCAACUUUAAAAAACUCGCCGCAUCGGUGGAAUUGGAACCCUCGCAGUAAGGGGGAGGCUUUAGUACAGCCAACGCUCUAACCACCUGAGCUACGUGGCCCCGCCGGACGACGCGAGUUUAAUCACAUUUGGGUCAAGUUAUCCGCCCAACCUACUGCAACGUCUGGAAUCCACCAAAUCUGAUACAGUAAUUUGACUGCCCAAGCAGGAUUUCCUAAGUAAUUCACCUAGAAUCGACCAGAUGACUACUAGGCUCACGUAAUUCAUUGAGUAAUUCCAUAAGUAGGAUUGUAAAAUCAAUAAACGAGCAGCAUAAUUCUAUAAUAAUUCUUUAGUAAUACUGUAGUUAUUCUGUGAUUCAAUUACCUCAGGAUGCCGGCUUUCGAAAGAACUUCUUUCCACCUGCAUACAUAAACAGUACAUUGCAGAAAACGCCUACUUCAGUAGCAUGCAAUUUUCUCAUUGAUUUUCGAUGCUCUUAAAUAUUCAAUUAUAUUUAAUGGAAAACAUGAAGACAAAUAUUGAUUCCCUUACUAAUUGUGUAAAACAUAACUUCUUCCAAUUAUAUACUUAGAUGAAGAAUAUAGUUCUGUUUUAAAAACGAUUACAUUUGUGAGAUUUUUCAAUACUGUGAAAUGGCCUUUUUAUAAAAUGUCCUGUCUCAAUAUUUGCCAAUGUGGCUUUUAAAGUUAACAAUAUGGCUCAAUUCCACUGCUAAAUUUUAUGAACCCCAAGUAGUCUCCUCUUAAUACCGUAGAGAAAUGCAUGGUUUUCCGUACGCGGAAAAUAUACGGCUUGUAGUUUGGAAACCCUGAAUGCAAGUGUAACGGCAGAUCGGGUUCAAAACUAUUCGGGGAUGUGAAAAGAUUUUGAAAACUAAAUCAUGCCCUUUGUUUGGACAUAAAAUUGAAAAAAGGCGCACUUUUCUACCGAAUGAGUAGAAGAAUAAAUAUCUUUAUGCAUGUUUUCCAUGAAAUAUAAUUGAAUUUAUAAGGGCAUCGAAAAUCAAUGAGACAAAAGCAUGCCAUUUAAGUAACCAGUUUUUACAAAGUAUCCUUUUUGUAUGCCACCGGAAAAAAGUUUAUUCGAAAGCCGGCAUCCUGAGGCAAAUGACUUAUUAUUGAAUGAUGCUGCACGAUGAUUAGUUUUAUAACGUUACCCUAAACAAAAGCGCAUUUCUGAAUUUCGGUUGACAUUUCAGGAGUUAGCCGACCUACUGUAUAAUUUUAAGCACCCACUACAGAUGCAUUUAAAUGGUGUUUUUCGUGUUAUUUUUUAGCUGCAACUCUCAAUUUAUUGGAUUCAGUGGAAGAAACGGCGAACAAAUCAUAAAUUUCUCAAAGCAUGGAUGUAGAUAUGUAAGUGAAAUUGCGGGGUUUUCGAAGUUUUCCAGUUUUCCACAGUUGAGUCAAUAUGAAUUGUUGAAAAUCUGCCAAAAACAUCUACGAAUUACGUGGGCCUAGUAAUUAUCUGGUGGAUUCCGGGUGAAGUAUUUAGGAGAUCCUGCUUGGGCAGCCAACUGAAUGCAUCAUAUUUCGUGGAUUCCAGACUUGGCAGUAGGUUAGGUGGGUAACUUGACCCGAAUCUAAUUAAACGCGCGUCACCCGGCAGAACCUUGUAGCUCAGGUGAUUAGAGCGUUGGCUUUACUAAAGCCUUCACCUUACUGUCGUGGGUUCGAAUCCCACCGAGGAGCUGAUUUUUUCACAGCUGAAAGUUGGAAGGAUCUUAGAUAAAGAAAAUAUAUUAGUUAUAAUUAGCUUGACAACAAACUCUUAAUAUAACGUCUCCAAUUGCAGUACGUCGCCAAUGCAUCCGUUAAAGGACUCUAACCCCCUUUUCUCUGAUGUUGGCGCACCGCGACGGUCGUCACGCAUCAACAAGCGCCAGCUGGGAAAUAUACAAUACCCAAGGUAGUCGUUAAUGAAAGCCGCAUCACAGAUGAAGAUUAGUCUACUACUUUAGCAAGAGCCCUAUCAAGCACUAAAUAAUUCGAAGUUUACAUGACAACUGAUUUUUUGGGAAAGCUACAUUAUAUAAUCCUACAACAUAAAUCUGAACAAAGCCUAACCGUCCUUCUCAAACUGUUCUGCGCAGGGUUCGGACGAAAAAACUUAUCGAAAUCAGUCGAAAUUUCUGAACAACUUCUACUUAAAAUGCAUCUAACGAUACUGCGGAGGAAAUGUCAAACGGGAACUCUGGAGACUGAUUAAUGAGCGCCUGCCUGCGAAGCGUUACUGUGACUAAGUUGCUAACGGUCUUUUCAUGUAAGUGUAAAAAAUACUGCACGACAGGGAUAAUUUGAGGACCCAAAUCAAGUGUUUUGGAACCCGUUAAGAUUCCUGGGAAACGCUUGUAAAGGUUUAUCGGAAUUACUGAUCUGCUUCAAAACGGCAGGAAUCAGUUUCAGGAGCAACCAAACGCAAGAGUUCGUAACAAAGAUGUAAUAACGAAUGACCGAAGUGCUUCGGAACAGACUUGCCAGCGUCUGCAUGCACUGAACAUGUUAGUGGUGUUAAUCUACGAUUAAGCCCUAACUGGUUUCAUUGGAGACCUUCCUAUCAAUAGCAGUAUCAGCACGACCACUUAACCAUCCUACAUACAGUUCUACCCCUUUAAGCAUAAUGAGACGUCCCUUGUUUAAUUUUUAAAGAAAAUUAGGGCGCGAACUGGAGAAAAUUCUUCGAAAGAGACCUAUUCAGGCACGACUUGCUUACGCGCUGACCGCUCAAAGAGGUUCGCGUGUGUCAUGCAUAGACGCCUUAAAUGCGACCUUAGCAGUCACAUUCAUUGAGACAGACAAAAUACGCUAGCAGUGUCGACACAGUGCCAGACUACUUCCACUGCGACCGUACAUGUGUUUCGCCCGUUCUUUUGGUCGAAAACCCCUCCAAUUCAUGCCAGCACAACUAAAGAGCUACUGAUGCGGCCAAAUCUCUUAAACAACGCCUAGUAACGGGCAAAACCAAAGGCAGAAAAACGUAUUUCUGCCACGACUCAAGUUAAUUUGAGCAAAAAACGUGGUAAUGUUAUGGGGGGAAUAUCAGCCAGGUAGUGGCAGGUAUCGAUAAGGCCCUAUGAAUGAUCAGCUAUUACAUAAGCUUGUCAACCGUUUUGGCAUGAAGGGAAUGAGAAGUGAAGGAGUGAAACCAGCAUUGUGCAAUUCGCCACCGGUAUAAUCUAAAUAACGUGAAACUCAUCAUCGUCACAAUCUCCUUAUAUACCUCUACAACCAGUGCGUCAAAUUCUCGCGCUUACGGGUUAUGUAGCACUGCCUAGUCACCCCACUAACAUGGGUGUCAUUUCUAAUGGCGGAGCAUUAAGCACCAGCCAAUUUCAGCAGUCUCCUGGGAGUUAAUUAUCUCCCCUCAGGGAGACAAUGUCUAAGUACAUGCGGACAAGGGAGUGAAAAAUUCGCCGUAGAAAGCGCUUGUUGCAUUCAAGAGUAAGGCUACCAUAACUACGCAAACAUAUUCAGCAUUGAAUUACAGCUCCAUAGCCAUAGUGAAGUCACAAAUUUUAUCAGACAAGUGUGUUCGUUCUCCUUUGAUAACCUGGAAACCAGUUAAAUGGUCUGAAGAAAUUCUUCUCUUACCGUUGCAUGCUCUUUCUGUUGACGAUAUGGAGAUGGUCAUGCAAUGAGCAAUUCUCGGUGAAAUUUAAUGCUGCACUAUCUAAUAAAACAAAACUUCGGCAACAUGACACGACAGAUAAACGGACAUAUGAUAGUUUGACCGUCGCAAUCCGACAAUGUCCACCGUGUGCCCCACAGCAAGGUAAAGUAGGCACGGUGACUUUCACGUGAUUUAGUUUAUGUUGAAUGUAGACUUGCGCAACAUCCAUCGUACUCUCUUCCCCUCCCCCACCUGGAUAGGAUGUUGAGACAGAGUCAUGAAGACAGGAGACAGGGAAGGGCGCGGGUGGAUGACCAGACCCUCACCUAGACGUACCACUCCACAGUCCCUGGUUCACAACCAGGAUUUUGACCAGCAAAUCAACGGCAGAAGAACGUGGAUGACCCAGUAGUCAUACACACCACCUGUGUACUCAAUGAGUGUGCAAGCGCUUCUACCAGCAGCGAACCAGGUACCGUAGAACUGCCAGUGCACACCAGGCUGCAAGGGUCAUGGUUUGUUGAUCGUGACAUAGCAGCCGCUCCGAAAUAUUGGAAACUGACUUAUACAAAUAUAUGCAUUUCUGCGGCGAUAGAAAUAGGAAGAGAAAGUGAGACUCAGUGCGAAAUGCGACCUAAGUAUUUGCCACAGAAGUCCUUGUGAAACAGAGGCUGAUAUUGACAGAUCUCAAUUUAGAUGGAACCACAAAGAAGUCUAAUCAUUCAUCCUCAAGACCAACGCCGUUUCCAAGGCCCACGCGAACGAACGGACCUUUACAAACAAAACCGCCGGGUUCUCGUGCCAGCCAACAGGGAGGCAGCAGAAAAUAAUGCGCAAAAUGACUUGAUUGUAAUGUGAAUCCUGAAGACAUGAAACCUGUGACGUGAUCCCAACCACGUCAACCUGCGCAAUGAGUCCCACGAAGGGCAAGAAUGUUCCCACAGUACGUUCGCCUAUUUGAGAAAGGAAUUCGAUACAGCGAACAGACGCAUUUUUCGAAAAAUAUUGAUAAAAUUCGAACGUUUAUGAAAACGACCACGUAGGAUGAGGCACCUUAAAAACAAGUGGGCCCGUCUAUUGAGGAAUGGAUUGAUAUUGGGUGCGGUCAUUUUAACGAGCGGAGGAGAUCUGAGUUACGUAGACAGCAAAACAUUUAAAUAAACUCAUGUUUUCCGCAGUCCACCUGGACGACUUCUUGCAUAAACGAGCAACCAUCAACGUUAGCCUUGGAACUAUUAUUUUAAGAAUGUCCACCUCGUCGGAAGCUCGAAAAAGUACGGUGCAUAGCCGGUCCCCUGCUGGCAGUACGGAUAACUGCCGAAAAAUUGGUAUUUCUUUGUCUGGGUAUCUUUGUUUCAGGGCACAUAAACUUACAUGAACACCAAAUCAACAGCCUCCGGAGUCAUCUGAAUGGAUAAGGACACUAAGAAUUUACAAUAACGAGAACACCGGAAUACGUUUUAUAAAAGUCGCAAAAGUCUCAAGGUCUACUCAAAUCUUCCUAACGACAUUGUGAAGUUUAAUCACAGAUCGCCUUUCUUCUCACGUCCUAUUCUACCGUGAAUUUAUAAUGGCAAUGAUAAUGUCGUGCGCCUAACAUCUAGCAUCAGCGUCCACGUUGAUCAGCAAGUCCUCACAUAUCCUCGUGUUGGCCAAAUUUUCCAAACACCGAUUAUCAACGCACCUCUGUUAAAAUCUGAUGACUGUUCUCAUCUAACUGCCCGAAUGCAAUUUAAAGAAAAAUACUGAACAUCCUUUGUCGGUCUGCACGGGGACUUCUGGCAAAAGUGACGAGAUUCCUUUCUCCUCACCUCUUUGCGAGUCUCGUUUUUUUCAUUUGCAACAUUAAUCGCUGGUGUAUUUUAAUUAAUUACUUAGGCAACGGACUGUCAAAGUCGUAUUUUGCUUGACUGCAAGGUUGGGAUAAUGAAGCUAUAACCGAUGUAAUAGAAUUUUAUUCGUCUGAACUUCCGGUUCCUCCAAAGUCAGCAACACAUAAUGAUUACCUCGUUUUUAUCUUCUUCUUUUGAAAUUCUUUCUGUAAUUCAGCUGUUCACUCAGAUCAUCGUAAAUUGCUUCGGUGGCGGCUACGGUUGGAAUAAGAAUAAGGAUCAGUCAUAUACCCUAAUCCCAACGUUAGUUUAACUUCAGGAUUAGGAUUUAACGUUUUUGCACACACACACACACACACACAAUUUCCAUCUCAGGACUCCAUUGCCCAGAUUGAGUACUACCAGAGCUUCAAAUACAAGCUGGGCCCGGUAAACCGUAACGACAGAGAAAUUAGUUUGACCGAUAAUCGAUCCUGGUUCUGGGAUUACUGAUAACAUCCUCACGGCCUGUCGCAUCAUAAAAGUUUCCACCUUUAGACCUUCUAACCAGGUGGGAUACCAGCCAUAGUGAAAGACAAGCGUAAAUGGGCUAAGCAAUCGCGGUACUCAAUCCGGAAAUAGACAAUAAAGCGCAACACUUGAUCUGCAUACUAAAUAGACUUUUUUUGUCCAGCACAACUUGAGGAAACUGGUAAGAAGAGAUUACUCAAAACUGCAAAAUCGGGGCAUAGUUGAAAUGCUUAAGUCCUUCAGAAACCUUCCGACUGCUGGCGUGUUGUUCAUGCCUAUGCGCUGUUUUGCUUAAGAUUCCGGUUGAGGAAUCAUAAAAGUCUGCUUUAUACGCUUAAAGUUCGCAAGUCUUUUGUUACCAUACAAGCUAUGGCAAAACUGCCAAUUUAUUAUGUCUGUCAUUUAGCAAUGUUCGUUCAAGUGAGCUGUCUGCCAGACAUAAGAAUUUACAUCAUGAUUUGCACCCCCUACUGUUAGGGUACAAAGUCUUAGCCGGAACACCGGCUUCCGAUUUAAUGUCAGGCAAACCAGUCGCUAACUCAGCCAGUUUACAGUAAAGAACAAAAUAGAGAUGUCCUCGUUUUACAUUUCCCAAGACUACAUGCGAUUAUAAUAAAAGUAACUUAUUUUUGGCUAAUGUGGAAGGAGGGUCUUGGUCGUUAAACGCCUCUUACUUAUGCAUCAGUUCGUUCAGCCGGCCAUACUCUUAACUCAUCUUUGCAAGUUUACGUCUUUUAUUCUUUUCUUUAUCACACUGUAAGUCAUUAUGCGGUUGCCUUUUCGUGAUCUAUCGUAUAAUAUUCGGAGUCCACCUGAUUUGGGAGGCCAUGCAAAUGAGCGUUAGCCUGUUACUUGGUGCACUUGCGUCUGUUUUAACCUUCAUGUGGGAGAGCAACUUUAGAAUAAAGGUCAUUUUGGAUAGAAAUGUUGUCUUUUAAAAUACCACAGGCUUAAUUAAGAGAAUCUUAAACGGGCAACGCCUUUUAAGGUUUCACAGUCAUGAUAGGAAACUUUAUGUAUUUGCUUUUGCAACCAAAGCAAUUAAAUGAACACAUAAAAGUUACCCAAUAUUCCCGUGAUAUGGGAGUUCAUUUUACAAUGGGCCUGGGUACUAACACAGGACGAAUUAUCCAGGAGUUUAUAAUUUCAACUUCUACUUUCAGUCGCAUGUCACUGCUAACCGCUUUGCUUAUUUUUUUCCGACUAGUAUGGACUUUAUUUGCACGAACUGGGACAUGUUAUUGGCUUGGAUCAUGAACACAUUAGAGCCGACAGAGACAGUUUUGUGGAUGUUAGUUUGGAAGGUGUACCAAAAGACUACUGGGGCUUCUACGCAAUGAAGAGUCGGGCUGAAUUGCGCACCUACGGCACACCCUACGAUCUCCAAUCAGUUAUGCAUUAUGGACCUGGGGUAUGUAAAAUGUGCUUAAAACAAAAACUAACAUUUGCUGGUUUGGUGGAUGCACUUAUUAAUUACUGCUUAUGCUGUCAACAUAGUUGUGAUCUGGCGAACGUAUUUGUGAAAAAUAAGAUAAGCAUGGCCGUCCACCACCAUCAACAGAAGCGUAAAUGCCGUUUACCAACGCGCACAGACCGAAUGUUUCGUUGUUUAUUUCCACGCCAGGUCAUGUCUCUACGGCACAUGAAUCUGUGUUUUAAAAGCUGCGUAAUUUAAUUAGUCGCUCGGAUCUCACGUUUAUGAGGGUGAUCUAGAGAUCAGAUCUCAGGACCCAGUGCAACAGCAACCUAACAACCCCAACUGUCGCCUCCACAACCGCCUUCAUCGUCACCCCUGCACCAACCUAUAGGACACUGACAAUGACGACGACCUCGCUCACCACUAGUGAUGAUCACAUUCUCGGGGCUCUCAGCCAUCGAUUACAGCCAUUUCUAUCAUCCCUGCCACAAAGCCUGCGACGACGGCUAUGACUACCGCCUCUCCCAUUCCCGCCACCGGUGAGAACACUCCCGACGCCUCGUCAACCACUACCCUCACUAUCACCGCCCCAACCACCUGCGACGUGUACCCAAUCUUCACCUGCUCUCGCUCGAUCGCACAUUCGUCCCGCACGUUGGUCUGGUCGGUCACUUAGGCACCCAUUACACUGUGACCGGCGCACCAGUGCCAGCAGCCCCGACACACAUGCCACAUCCGUCUCCACUCUUCGCACAUUCACUCACCGCACGAGCCUAUUCGAUAAAAUGCGUACCCACGACGGCGGAAUUGGCCGCAGUCCUGAAACACCAAGCAUAUCUUGUGCAUGCAACCACUCUCCCAUCCCCAGCCCUAUUAACUCCCCAUCCACCAGCACGGCUACCACCAGCAGCAUAUUAGCCCCAACCGACUCAGCACCUCCAAACCUAUCCUGUUGAUACUGCCGCCGCACAUACACACCGCGCAUUGGUCUGGUGAGUCACUUGCGAGUCCGUCACAUGGAAACUGGCGAACCAGCGCCUGCACCAUUAACUUACACACACUGCCAGCUUUGGUCUUGCACAAUCAGCCAUUGCAUGGGCCUACUCGGUCACAUGCGCCUCUACUAAAAUCUAUGAUAAGUCACCGCCGACUAGACCACAUCACAACACCCUUCUCCAUCAACACAUGCAUCAUAGGCGAAGACCCCCAACACCACACAACACAGGUAGCUCUCACGUAUGUGAGAAGUGUGUUCCUCAGCGUGUCAGUCACAUGUGCGAUCGUAGCAGUCUAUCCCGCCAAGUGAAGUUCCGAUAUGCGUAUGAGGGACCAGGUCCCGCGUAUUGCACGCGCAGACGUUGUGCACUUAGCUCUGUCAGCCGCCUCUACCAAUCUGAAUAUUAAUUGGUUUACAUGCUUGGACAGUCGACUGGUGCAUGGGAUAAUGUAGAGCAAGUGAGAUUGACACUCGGCGCAUAGUUCUCCACUAUAAGCAAUCUGGCGCGCUUGUGACUGUCGGUGGCUUUGAAGACUACCAAAUGACGGAGAACUCGGUCCUCCCAGGAGGACGGUGAGUCAGGCUGCAAUGGGUCCUUCCUAAAGUGAUCAUUAUGACGUUCCCACUCAUUUGGGAUCUGAGCCGUCCCAUUGCCUUGCUGUGUGAAGUUCUGGUCAUUUGUACGUUGUGCUUCAGAGGGUGUGCUGACUUCGGGUUUUGUGCUAGCUUCGGGUUUUUGUCGUGCCAGCCACCUACGGCCUCUCCCGCCUCCGAUUUUCUGGACUAUGUCAUGUCGCCGGCUAAGAUGGUUAAGGAGGGAGUGCGGUGGAUGCAGCACAAGUCCACAAUCACUAUAAGCUAAUUAACUCGCAGGUCACCGCUGCUGGGUGAACCAUACCGUGGAGCACACAGUGGACAUAGUCGAAAGUAACAGUCAACUGUUGAGGCCACGCUAAAGAAAGGUGUAUAUUUGUUUUCUUGACGCUGGUCCGCCAGUCUUAAAAAUGCGAUGGAUUCAUAAGGGCAUGACCAAGCCGACGCUUAAUGCAAAUUGUGGCAGCAGUCAGGACAGGAUGGGACUGUAGCAGCUGAGCUGUUGUUCUCGCGAUUCUCUUAGCGAUUUCAACACUGAUGGUAAUGGGACUAAGGAUACGGAUAAAUGAGGAGUUUUCAGAUGCAGGAGGUAUGUUUGUCAUGAUAAAAUUGCGGUUAAAUCCGCUGUCCCGAAUACGCACAUGGCCAGUUUGAUUCAUGCGAUGUCUGAAAGUCCUGGGUCAUUGCAAAGGGAUAAGUCAUGUGUCACGGGGGUAUGCUGAGGGCACAUGAUGACAUGCCGGAUUUACAGGUGCUGGUUCAUCAGUUCUGUGCGUUGAAUUUGCAAGUGCCCGACCAGACCCAUGCAUAGCGAGAAAAUGUGGUGGCAGCGGUGAGAGGUUGCAAAUAAACACACGUUGUUGAUGGUUGUAAUACUUUGUAGGUCGACAGUGGAGUCCAGAUAAAUUUUUCUAGUGGUGGUGUUAGUAGUAGUAGUAGUAGUAGUAGUAGUAAUAGUAGCAGUAGUAGUAGUAGUAUUAGUAGUAGUAGUAGUAGUAGUAAUAGUAGUAGUAGUAGUAGUAGUAGUAGUAGUAGUAGUAGUAGUAGUAGUAGUAGUAGUAGUAGUAGUAGUAGUAGUAGUAGUAGUAGUAGUAGUAGUAGUAGUAGUAGUAGUAGUAGUAGUAGUAGUAGUAGUAGUAGUAGUAGUAGUAGUAGUAGUAGCAAUGAUCCCGGACCGACCGACGUGGCAGAGAACAGCCGCAACAAUCUACGAAGCCAACCGCGUCGCUGACGCCAAAGCCAAACCUGAACCUCGCAAAUCACAACUGCCCCAGCCUUCCAACGUCAACGCUCAAACGCCUCAAAACCGUCCACGAUGUCAGGGGGUGUUUGGGACACGCAUUGGUCUUACUGAAUAUCUUCGGACCCAGCGCAUCAUCAACUCUUCAACGUGUACUUCUUCUCCCAUCUUCCCCUCUGCCGCAAACUCCGCGCCGAACGCCGUCCUCGUCGCCGCCGCCCACAUUGUCGCCGCACCCCGCCAUCAUCCAUCGAUGCCACUCCUUUGUCCCAAGCGUUACGUCGACCGCAACGACCAGCACCACCAAUAACACAGCCACCUCACGCACUCCAACCACCGAUGGGUCGACGUCCGACAUCUCAUCAACUUCAAUCUCCAUUAAUAUCCACACAUCCGGCGAUGUGGACUCGGUCCAGACCUGUCCUCAUUGCGAUCGCACAUUCACCUCACACCUCGGCUUGGCCGGUCACUUGCGAGUCCAUCGAACAGAGACUGGCGAACCACUGCCACCGCAUAAGCCUAUUAGGCCCCAUGCGCAUUCACAAGGACCUGUAGUAGACAACCUCCGGUCACACCACACCACCACACCUUCCCCCAUCAGCACCUGCACCUAACGUCAUCACCCACCACAAAACACCCUCCUCCCACGCACUUGGGAAGUGUGUUUCUCGGUUCAUUCUUCAUGCGGCUCUUCUGUUGUAUGUAUGAUCCGAGUCUGGGACUAUCACGGUGCGUCGGCCGCCUGGGCUUGGACGGCUGCUGACUGACGUCCUAACUCAGUCCACGCAGUCUGCCCAGUUGUGUGUGCGUUUGUGUGAAGUGUUGGACUGGUGGUCUGAGAGCCAGGCUGUCACGGCGCCUUCUUAAGCGAUGAGUGACACUCACGCACCUGAUGAGUGUGUAUGUAUGCUUUAUGGGUAAUGCCUCUCAGUUGUCGGGCUUUUAGUUACCCAUCCUUGAAGGGCGACUGCCUGCACAAAUGCAGGGCCGGAUGUCACCCUUAUGGGCCUAGGGGUCUGUAAGCGUCUGCUAUGCCAGGAUCAGCAAACGAUGGCCCUCGCAGCCUGGUACGCGCUGGCAGUUCGCUGACACCUGGUUCCCUGCCGGUAGGUGCGCUUGUGCACCCACUGGGUAUACAGGUCGUGAACAUGGCUGCCCAGUCGUCCUCUUCGUCUUUCUGACCCCUUGUGGUGUUGUUGCUGGUGGUUAAAAUCCUAGUCAAUUAUUUUGUGAACCAGGAGGUGAGGAGUGGAACGCCAAGGUGGGGCUUCAGCUGUGCCAUCCAUCUACGCUCUCCCCCGCCUCCAGUUUUUUUGGCUCUGUCUUAACACCGGGCCUAGGUGGGAGGGGAGAGAGUGCGGCAGAUGCAGCGCAAGUCUGCUAUCAUUAUAAAAGAAAUCACGCGCAAAUCACCAUGCCAGCUUCACCUUGCUGUGAAGCACACGGUGCAGAGCGUUGACAACGACGGUCGAAAUUCUCGCAAGAGACGACAACCGCGUGAGCUACUUGAAUCAUGGUUUACUGGCCCCCAGUCAAUUAGCAAGUGCAAUGAAUUUCCCCUUCCAUACUAUGUGCUGAAACUUCGCCUAGGCGAAGUAAUUAGCCACGCGGGGAUCGCACAUGUGAACACUUGUCCCAACACUAGGGUCGGUGCGUCAGAUGGUCGAGCAAUCAUCCCACCAACAUCCAACGCACGUGAUGAAAUUGUGGCAAUUAACGACGCGAAUGUCGGCCAUCACACCUCGUGCAACGAUCCGUGAUGAAGGUGGGAGCCUUAAAAAUUCAUAGGUAUGCGGUAGCAUGGCGACUGCAUCCUUGUGCAUGAAUCACCCGUAUCUGCUGUUGUCUCUGAUGAUGGGUUCGAGCAGGAAUCCAAAACGUCAGGCCAAUAAAGCUUUUGUCCCAGCGUUCGUGUCUCCUUCUUCAAUCCUGUACAUCUAUAGUUCUCUGUUGAGUAAGAUACCGCAAAAGUAUCAGACGGAGACCGAAGAACACGGAGCCGGCCGAAGACUUUGCUGACUUUUGGAGAUCUUACUUGCGAUUUCGCCUUCAAUCUUAGUAUUUCUUGAAGUCAUACUGCUAAGGCACGCGAAUUAGUCCGCCGCUGUGAUAUGAGUCUCACCGAGAAAUACACGGAGUUUUGUUUGCUUAGCCAUUGGUGUUGGUUGGUGCAGAACCACUGUCCUUUCCGUGGUGACGGUCAGGCCGAAAGCGGAACAGCCGGAGGUCCACAUUCCACUGCAUGUUCUCUCGGUUCUGGUGCUUAGCCGGCGGCCGUUCGCGAACAACAUAACGUGAACUUUGUCCAUGGAUAUCCUCGGAAAUACUUUCGGGUGACGGAUGCUGAGCAGCUUUCCGUCUGUCCGGUAGCUGAUGUCGGUCCUCAGUCGAUCCUGGUGACAGUCAUGUAUCAGCACGAUUAAUAACAUGAGACUGAGGAGGGUGGGAGCGAAAACGCAUCCCUGCCUUGUCCCACUAAUAGUCGCGAACAUUUAAACGACUGUCCUGUUGUCCGUGAGGCGAGCAAUCAUUUCGUCGUGAUGUGAUCUUAACAUGUGAGUCAAACGCUCAAAAUAUCCUUGUUGCUUGCACGAUUUUCCGGGGUUAAUCGCGAUUAACUGUUUCGAAGGUUUUUGUUGGAUUGACGAACCUGUUAUAUAGUAUGGCUUGUAUUUCUUACCACUUCUCAUCCAGUUGUUCAACCGCAAAAUCAUUCUUAUGUUUCUAUAGUAUUUCCGAAAUCCGAACCGCGUUUCUGAAAGAAGUCCUUUCAUCAAACAUAAGUCAAUGAGGUAGAAUACGCGCUCAGACUUUUCCUGUGAUGUUGCGACGCGAGAGGCCCUUUGGUUAACGCAUAGUUGUUAGUUACCCUUGAGUUUGUAAAUGUGCACAAUGAUCCAUCCUUGAAAUGCCAGGGAAAGUGGUUUUGUUGCCACAUCUCCUGGAAUAUUGAGGUAAAUUUUCCAUGAAUUGUGGACUUCUGUGCCUUUAGACUUUGACUGGGACUGUGACUGCUACCGGCGCUUUGCCAUUUUAUAACCGUUGUAAUGCUUCGAUUGUCUCAAGGAGAGAGAACGGACAUCUAAAGUCAUCGUUGGUGAGCAUUUGAGAAAGUCGGUUGAUGGUUUCCUCGCAUAUCGUCGAAGGGUGGUUGAGAACGCCCUGGAAGUGCGCGGUUGGGCGUUCCAGAAUCUGUAUCUUCUGCGUCAGGAUGAUUGCUCCAUCCUGGCUCAGCAUUCAGAGACCAUAGUCCACAAUGAUGGUAGUGGAGAAAUUCUUUAUCGCACGACGGUCGACAUUCUUGGUAUUGUCGAGCCCACCGGUCUCAGUCGUUCAUACUCUUUGCUAGACAAAUGGCUUUCUUUGCAAAGUGUCUCGAUUAUCGACACUGCGUGAAUUCAAGGCUAUUAUUGAAAUAACUUCCAGUUGGACUCAGUUGUGUCAUCUCACUUUACCUUCAAAGUGCUGUGUGGGCGGGAAAUUAACAGUGUUUGAAAAUUCCGCGACAGAACAUGCAGCAGAAUCGAAAAAUGACGUCACUGGAGACGUAACAAAUCCGAGGAGAAUGAAUUGCUCACCACUUUCAGUGUUCUCAUUUGUUAAACCACGACUUCCACCGAAUCCCUCUACCGUGGUCUAACAGCCAAAUUUAUGCCGGUGCUAUGUAAAAUAAACCUAACACCCUUUUGUUAUAACAUCUCAGAUUGGUUUGAACAGAGACUUUCCUUGAUACAUGGUUGAUAAAUUUUGGGCGAUUCCAUUAAAUGCGCACGGUUAAUUUAAAAGGAGCACAUAAAUAGUUAGAAUUUUGGGGCUAAUUCGACAAACGACAUGGCGACUUAUUCUAACGACGGUCUAACUCGAAAAUUUGUUAAAAAUUUAAACUGUAGCUAUAACACAUGCACCCCGACCUUUGGAUAAGGAUUUUAAGAUUCGAAUCGAAAAGUCGACCGGAGUUCAUGUUGGUGGUUUCUGCUAACUCGUUCACGCCUUCAUCACUUUCUACCUUACUAGUCCUUCUCGACUCACGCCAACAAGUCACCACUCACCGUGAGGGAUCCAACCGUUCGGCAUAUUUUGAGGGAGGUCUAUACAAAGGACAUUUCGUUCUGGGAUGCCAAAGCCCUAAAUCAACAUUAUGAAUGUAACAGUAUGUUGUUUAUUGUUUUGCAUCACUUAUUGAGACAUUGUGACAUUUAAUUCUUAUUGGUUUUUACCGCAAGCGGUAAAAGUGAAAUAUCUAUUCAGAUCAUGCAAAUAUAUGUCCCAUCCCUGCCUAACCCCGCCUAACCCCGCCUAACCCCAUCAAAAAUGGCGGGGUUAGAGGGGGCUACGAAGGGACUUAGCGGGGCUGUGGCGGGGCAUUCUACGCGGCAGCCCCACCUAGCCCCACAUUUCCGUCCACUUUUCGCACCCCUUCAAAAUAUCGACCCGUAUUGUGAGUCCCCUGAGGCGCACACACAUAAUACCUACCGGAGGAAGUUUCAGAGCUCAGUAUAGGCAUUUCUCGUUCGGGGGAUGAUUGCCAACUGCUGUUGACGUUGCGGGAACCUCAGACUCAGGCUUUUCAGCGGCCUCAUAAUAUGAAUUCGUCUGGUGCUUAAUGCGCUUGUAUAUGGUGAUUCGGUGAUAGUCACAGUAAUUACGCUUCAUAAUUGCUUUGAACAUUCAGUAAAAAACGAUAAAAAAUUUGUAUAAGUAUAACACCAAGGCUAAAUAGUACAGACUACGUGAACUGACUGGUGAGUAAAUAACAAAACAAUUAGCGUAAGAUACAUAAAGUAACUAAGGCAGUUAUCACGAGCAUGAAAACAGUAUUGAUUGACGCACGAUAUUAUCCGCGACCCGUGGGCGCAAACGAGUGCUUUUUCCAUUAUAUAUAAGCCACUUUUGAUAAAUUAGCUCCUUUUAAUGCCAAAAAAGUACAAUGAGCGGUGCUUUUGAAACAUAACUUUCGAUGCAAAUACACUUCAAAAUGCUUCAAUCCGGAGGGGGCUCCGACACCACAUAUGAAGGGGCCAUGUGCUGGCAGGGAUGGUAAUAUGCGAAAAAGCAGUGUGCUUAGUAAAAAAAAGUAGAUGAGUCCCUUCCAUACAUAUUUUAAACGCAAUGUUGAUGAAGAAGUGUCCACUAGUUUCGAUUUCUUUUUAUUGUAGUUUUAAACGUGAGUGCGACUACAUCACAGAGUAUAUAUAUUUUAUUUUCGAUGACAGAUUUGUAACCUAGCUGUUAAUUUUCGAAAUAGAGGGAUGAAGCAAAAACAGAACACAACUGAAAGCCUUUCCAACUAGUUUUUAUAAACAUAGUAAGAAAUACAGAGAAAGGACAAAUGAAAAGCCAUCUUUUUCAGUAAGCCUUCUGUUCCUUUACCUCUGUGUAACUGAUAUGUCAGUGUAUCUAUCCCUGGCUAAUAUGCCGCUGUUUGCUUUGUCAUCCAAAAUCUCAGAACGAUGCAAAAAGCCACCAGCUUGUUUACCACCAGGCUUUGUUGACAAAAACUGUCAGUGUCAAGUUCCGGCAGGUAAGCCACAAACAUUUUCCCGCUUUGGUAGCAAAAAAUGACCCGGUACUUUACUUUUAGUCCUUUAAACGGAGUUCACAAAAACGCAUUUUUCCUGCACUUGACUGUUUUCUGACAUUCGUUUAUUCUAAGGUAAAAGGGGGAGAAUACUAUUACGCAUAGUAAAGAGGCGCGGGGUUAUAGAGGUUCUGUUGUGGGCACGUCCGGGAACGGAAUUAUCGUGUCUGGUCGUAAACGAAAAAUGGGAAACGGAAUCCGGUAGCUGUUUCAGUUACUCUGAGGUCAAGCGAGACGGCGACAUAAAGGAGUUGUUCGUCUGACUUUUCUGUUAAGAUAAAGGUUUACUUAUUGGAACUUUUCUGAAAUGUAGGAUGAAGAUGUGAUCCGCUAUCAUAUAAGUACGAAAAAUAAUAUCUUGUUCAUUUUUUCUACAAAAUAUAUUUGAACUUACAAGGACGUCAAAAUAAGUGGAAAAAAUGCAAGCUACUUACGUAGUCGUUCUUCAUAUAAUGCGGCUUUGUAGGCGAUUGAAAUUAAAUGCCUUCAAAAAUUGACAUCCUGGGGCGUCCGAAAAGUCACGAAACUACGCCGAGAGAUAAUCAGUAUUAAGUAGUCUCUACUAACCAAAAGCGCAUCUCAGAACUUUGGCUAACAUUUCAUGCGAUCGGUCACUGACUGCCAUCUGCAACUCUGAGGUCCCACUAAGGUCACAUAUUCAUUUUGCGGAGAUUUUGUCCGAAACGUUCUAUUAUUUUAAAUAAAUGAAUAAAUUAGAUUCUUAUCUAGACCAGAACAGAAGAGAUGAUACAUUUAUUCAGUAGAAAAUACGCAUUCAUGAAAGACUAGCAUCAGAAGCAUUCUUCGCAAAAUAGCGAAUGGUAAGGUAUCCAGCUCAGAUAACUAUCUACCUGAAGGGAACGUCUACGCGUUUUCUUCUACAAAAAAUGCUUCGAAUAAAUUUUUUUGAGAAAUGUCUAGGCACCUAAAAUGCGUUUUAAUAACAUUCGCAUUACAAAGAAUUGACCAUUUUGCCCUACAUCACUCGUUGACCGUGCGAAUUAAGUCAGUAGGUUGCCACUAUGCAUGCGUCCGCGAUAUGCUACUUCUAAAAUCAAAGCGUUUUGAUUGCGAUUUUAACUUGAAGAAAGCUACUCCGAUAAGUUUUUGCGUGAGACUACUUUUUUAUCGUAGGAAAGGUACUGGCGAAGACGGCGAGAGCGCUACUAAUUUUCUCCUCUCCCGACUAUAGUCUCACGUUUGUCUAUGAAUAAUUCCUACUGUUCGAAAUUUUUAGAUUAACUUUCGAGAAAAAGCCAAAGAACCAGAUAGUACUCAUACCAGUUCAUGCGGAAGCUCGCGAGGUACACUAGCGCAAGAUCAAACUAAACCCUAUGUUAUUGCCUUUUCCGAAAGAAUUAAUGUUCUUUUCAUCAGAAAAUUUUAUAACUUCCUCAACUAAUACACAAUUCGCAUUCAAAGUUUUCUCGAAGAGGCGCUGUACCGAUCUCUUGAACAUAACUGAAUGCACAACACUUGAGAACCAACUGGAGUGCUAUAGGAACGCCAGUUACAUGGCUGUCAAGUGUCGUAACACGUGUGGCUUCUGUUACAAGGAAUCGUUUGCACAAAUAGGAAAACCAAAGCGAAAGUAAGUCUAUGGUGCUUACAAGUUUAGUAUGCGAUUCUUUGCAUCCAUGGCAUUGUGUAGUGCUUUGGCUAUCUGUUGAAAAGUUGCAAAUUUACCCCGUAAUCAACCUUUUCGGCAAAAUCGUUUAUAUUUAAGUUGAGAGUUGUGACGUGAACACUAAAGUGCCCCAGAAAAGUUUUUAUUCCGUCAAUUCAGACCGUAACAUGUUAAAGUAUAAGUGCAAAAUUUGAUGACAUUGGUUGACAUUUAGUAACUUUAGAAAGGAGCCGCUAACAUUUACGUAUAAGUGAGCUAAACUAUUAGAUUCUUGUCAAGUUUUUGGUAAUCGACCAUUGUUAUAAAACGCCAAAUACUUAUUUUCCUUCGUCGGUUACUUAAAACGCGAAGUUGCGUUUAAAUGCCCCGCCAAGAUGCAGACUUCCAAAAGCGUCUGUGCAUUGUGUUGCAGAAGGUGAAUGAUAAUUGUCAUGUUCCCAGUGUUUCAUACCUGUUUUUAAAUUAGGUGUGAGAAAGCUUCUACCAACCAACUUCUUUAAUGUACUUUAAGAGAGCAUCUUGACGGUCUUUGCUUUCAAAUAAAAAGUACCAAAUCUUGUCAGGUACCACUUUGAUGUCAAGCGCAUGUUUACAAAUUUCCAUCUUAUUCAAUUUUAGCUGCGAUGAUUUUCACACCAACUGUCCUCUGUGGCAGAAAGCAGAACAGUGCACAAAAAAUGCCAAGUACAUGCGACUCAUGUGUGCCAAGAGCUGUGGUCUCUGCGCUGACCCGACAGAACAAACUAUACACAAUCUACCAACCUGUAGAGAUUCCUACAUUUAUCCGGAAGACUGCAAAGACUGGGCAGCGAGGGGCGAAUGUCAACGAAACCGACUUUGGAUGGCUCACAACUGCGCCAAAUCCUGUGGUCGAUGUACUCAACAGACUACCACGUGAGAUUCGUAGCAGUUACUUGUUCGUUUACUUAUCCCAGCCGUGACGUCAUUUGAAGUCAGCAUGGCGCUUCUCUAGUCCGUGGACUCAAUUCAAGCAAACGACCACUCAACAUUUGUAAUUGCUCUGCUAACUAAUGCUCUAAACACCAUUUUAUCGAAGAAUGCGCAUAACAACCAAACAGAAACUCCUAGUACUGUAUGACCGUAAGCAGCAAUCGGAAAACUCUGCCGACAACCUUUGCCAUAUAAUUACCUCAACUGAGGUUGUAGACAUGCAAGAUACGGUUCCGAGAGCUUUUAUGGGCAGCUAAACAAUCAUCGUUUUCUCAGACACAAAUGGCGCCCUCACCAGCCUUGAGCGCAUGAUUAAUAAAUUAAGAAUGAAAUCGUUUUAGUUAAGUUUUCCUCAAAAUUCUCUUCCCGGCACUCGGACCACCACAAAUAACUAGAUUCAUCGCGCACCCCCUGAAGUGGGCGUAACGCCGGUGAGUUGCGCAGGAUUUUGUGUAGUGUGGAGAAGUCUUUACCCAGAAAUUAACUGCCAAAUUGGCGUAGACCCGUUUUCUCUAGGUCUAUUGGCUCAUGGAUUGUAUGGUAUUCCCUUACCCUAAAUGAUCCUACUAGCUGCCUCGCGGCAGUUAAUGAAUGUUACGCAGUUAAUUGCUGUGGAUGACGGACGUCCGCCAAAAAACGUAUACAUAAAAAUUUCGUGCUGAGCUUAUUGACCUAGGGUAAGCUGAUCCAACUAAUGUUCGCAGUAAAUUUAUGCGGAAAUUAAAAAGUACAAUUUAUUGAAUUGGAGUAUCUACCAGAAAAUAUGCGAGGAAUGCCGGGGAACCACUGAUGAGCCGAACCCAUCACAUCUGUCAGACAAGUUCAGAAUAUCGGCGAGACACGUGUGUAUGGGCAUUUGGCCAGUACCUGUGUUUAUAGUAUGAUAUGCAUUUAUCCUAAAACCAUCGUCUAUCAAAUGUAACUAGCGUUUUAAGCAGCCUCCAUUUCAAACCGAGUAAAUUAAACAACGGACAUUAGUGCCUUGCGCAGGAUUUAGUUUAGAGUAGAGAAAACUUUCGCAGCGUCUGACGCACUCUCUCCUCUCCCGCCUACCUGGCUCCUGAGAGAGAGCGCUGUCAGGACGAGCGAAGAUGGGCUCGAGUGCAGUGACUGGAAAGGCUAAACAGCCCACCUACGACUGUCGAACCCGAUCUAGUUUCCACAGAACGUAACAGACUUUCGUGAGGUUAGCCUUGAUCUCACAUUAGCCACAAUGCCAUAACGGCCACAUCUAGUAGGAACCAUAAAAGCCUGACUCUCAGUCCUGAGAGCGACAGUGUAAUCUCGUGAGUUAAUGUCUUUCCGGCCACGACUCUCUGCACGUCCUAAUGGGUCCGAGGGCGUCAUAGCUAUUGUAGUAAAAAAUACGCUGGUGUGACGUGAGGAAGGAUUCCCCAGUGUCGGCCUCAGUCAUACCUCUCUCGUAUGCAGCAGUCCACUUUCCGAUUCUGUCAAGCAGCUGGUAAUGCAGUUGGGUGUACUGACUGACACGACAUGUGGGUCUACGUCUAGUUGUGCUAUUACACUUCUUCCUUGUACGUAAGUAAUAAUGGCUGAGGACGGACUCUGCACAGCCUGAUAAGACACGUGUCGUGGACCAGUCUGAGUUCCGCCAUGGUCCAACGCAUUUACACUGCAGUUACCUUUUCAAUAGUAGACAUGAAGAACACCGUAAACACAGGAUAGAUCUCCAGAAUAAAUGUAUUCUUAUUCGGGCGGCACAAUAACUGUGAUUUAAGUCAAAGUGUUUGCGAGUUGACUGAGGGUCUUCUUGAUUGAAUCUUACUUUUGCCGCAUUAACUGAUUGUUGCGUUACACCUUUGCAAAUUUAUUGAGGCCACUGGGCUGUAUGAAGAACUUAUUCUUAACCAGUUUCCAUUUGCUAGCAAAUGUUCGUGUUGUGCUAGGUACCUGUGAGUGGACUCAACAAUAAUCAUUAUGGUCUUACCAUAGACUUGCAUCUUUGUUUGUCAUAAAGGAUGAGCUGCAAUAAACCUCUUGCAUGUGGUGGGGAAAAUGUUUUGUUCAUUGAACGUAAAUUUCAAAUGAGCAGGAUGAAAGUGCGCUUUGCCUGAUAAACAUCAUCCCUGAAUAUUCAGCCAGAAUACGGCAUAAAAUGUGGGCCGUUGGAGUCUUAGUUUCUGAAAUUUAGUCUUUUUAGUGUAUAAAGUGGAAGUCAUUCUGCCUUAUUAGUAACUCAACCUGAAAUGGCCGUUCUUUGCACUUAAUUUGCCUGGCCGGUUCGUGCGCUGCAAGUUAAGCAUUCUAAUCUUGUCUCUAAGUAAACUCGGCUACUGUUCCUACGGGCGAGUCGGACUACUUGCUCUAGGUGAUCGCAACCCACUCCUCUGCGACCCAUGUUUGAUGCAACCACGAGAUUCCAAUAAAUAUCAAUGAAUGUUUCGGUUGCAUCGUCUGCAAUGGAACUGUGUCUAUGGGUCCUAGACCUACGUACGACAAGGGCUGCUGUGGCCGCAAACAGACUGUCUUAUCAAAGUAGUUGUCAAAAAAAGACUUUUGAACGUUCAGACCACCGUUCCGUUGACUGUCGCGUGUCAGUCUGACGUUGGCCCUACUCUCAUAAGUGUUUGGACAUUUGUUAACGAAGGAGAACUCACUAAACCGACGUUGGUCACAUUUUUCUGCUGGGAUCCCGCAGUGUAUUUUCAAUUGUUGAGGCACAAGACUGCGUUUUGUUAGGGGAUAACUGGUGUCAAUGUUCUGUCUUUGCCUAAAGUUGGCGAUUAUUCUGCCAACCAUCAGAUAUCUAGAUGUUUUGGUUAGAACGGACAAGGACCGGGAAUUCGGUCUUCAUCAGUUGUAAUUCUUCACAUGCUCAAGGACUGCAUCCGCGAAGACAACUUUUGUCAGUGGCGUUUCAGCGAAAGUACCAAAAAUACAAACAACGAUUUUGGUCUAGCAGGGAAGUGACUGGCCUGAAAAAGUCAUCUAGGUAGCAAAAUGUGGUUUGCACGAUCACGGUCUUCAUGCAGGAUCUGGGCUUUUGCGGCCAGUCGGACCUGACCAAACGCAGUUCAGGGUGAUCUUCGCAGCUGCCUGAAUGAUUGCGUUGGUAUCCGUUUUGGUGCUGUAGAGUGGUUUUUGCCCUUCUUAGUUAAAUACUUCAGCUUAUUACCUAAAAACAUCCCAACACCUUAAUUUAGCCGAAAUUUCUCAAGUCACUCUAUGGCUUUUUCAUGGGAUCUGACUUAUAGUUUUUAUGAUUUCGUCUCUCACCGGCAGUUGUUAACGGCUCUGUUUCGCCUGCAUUCCCUAACCGGGCAAGGGCUGCUCGUACACAGACACACAUGAAACGUCAUAGAGUUUAGUAUGUUUUCAUCUAACUGAACGCUAUCUUCUUUUAUCACGUGAUGCGCUUUUGAGAAUACUUUACGCUUUAACAGAAAUCACGCACAAGCCAUAGUGUCUACUCCCAGCCUUCUGUGAAGCACACGAUGGACGUCGUCGAAAUAGAUGGUUUAACUGUCAUGUGUUGUCUGCUUUUUUGAAUAAAAGUUCAGUGAAUAAGUGAACUUCUGGGACCGCUCCGCAAUACACCAGGCCCUUAUUGCAGUUCUAUUGUAUUCUAGACCAGUAGAUCAUCUGACACCGCCUGAGAACCCAAAAGAGAAGGUGGGUCAUUUGACGCGGACGCAGAGGGUUCAUGAUGAGACGCGUCAUUCUGUAUCAGAAACCAGAACUUGAAAUGGGCCAAUUUCCUAUGCUGUUAUUUGUCCCAAUAGCCUAGAAACACUAAAUAACUUGAGCCUCUAAGAAGAUAUCCGCCAAACAUAUAAGAGGUGUUUGCGUUUACUUUGGGUAUCAUAGAUGCGAAGGUGCUUCUGCGGUAAAUAUAAACGUAAAAUCAUUUUUUUCCAAAUUCUAGUUCGUAAGUUUGCCUAAGGCGCGUUCUCCUUUUAGAAGCUGUCCCCGGAUUUCUAUUUGGAUUUCGGAGUCGUAAGGGCAAAAAGUCUAUCAGAACAUCUGAUCGUAAGAAUAGACGUGAAAACUGUGUCCAUUCGACAACUUGGAAGGGCUUUUACAGUUUUCUUUUAUUAGUUUUGCAUAAACAAUAAACUGCUGGAUACCUGCCACAUUGUUAGAAAUCUGUGGUCAACCUGUGGACUUUUGACUGGAAGUUUUACUACGCCUGAAUUGCUUCAUUUUUUAUUCAUGCUAUAUGUAUUUUAGUGCGCACUACUUUAUUUGCCAGCAGUUCACCUGCAUCACGGUUAUUGGUCUUGUGUCCCUCACACGCCCUUUUAGGCCUAUCCCCGCCACUUCGACGAACAUAAUAAUAGAGAAAUGCGAGGACAUUUACAAGUCUUCAAGUUGUUUUGCGUGGAAGCAGCGCAAUAUGUGCAAUAGUGCAUGGAUGAAAAGAAACUGCAAGAGAACCUGCAACUUCUGCCAGAUCCGGGGCGCAGAAACUUUGAACCAAACAACGAAAACACGUGAGUCCCUUCUACACGUCUCUGUAUUGCAUCAUGCUGACCCGUGAACAGACGUUCCAUUCACACGUAGGGUCUUCGUGUGAAAAUAUUUUUCUGUUGUGACUUACAUAUAUAUACUGAAGCGCCGGUCCACCGGAUGGUUUAAUGUUUUGAAAACCCACUAAAAUUCUCAUGUGACCUUAAUAUACUACAGGGGUAACCGAUUGUUUUUGUAAGAAAGAUAGUUUUGAGGCCUCUGUGAGCGUUAUUAGACAAAUUUCUGUUCAAGUAAUGGCCAAAAGCCUAAUUUUCUUUCCUCAAACGCCAACAUAAAGGCCUCUUCUGAACAUUCUGAAUAGGCAUCCUGGCAUUCUCCAUACGCUUCCUAACUUUGUAUUGACCUUUCUUUUAUCGAAAUACAAGUUUGUAUUGUGUCGCACUUACCAUGAUACAUCAGAGGAUGUCAUAAGUUAAUUUUUCUUCAAAGUAUGCGAACGGCACUUAGGUAUCCCGUUAUAAGCUUAAGGAGUAAACAAAGUUUAGGAUGUUAGAUGUCCACAAAUGUUGAGAUGAUUGACCCCACAACAGACGAGUCAGAUCGCCUGAAAACCCACCACACUAAGGCAUAUCCCACUGAUUUAAGAAAACUACGGCUCCCCACACAAGACCAUAUUCGAAUAGAUUGUUGUGGUCUCUAACUUCAAUAAGGCGCUAUAUCACUUGAGUCAAACUUUCUACUAAUAUGAUUCGAAAAGUACAAGGGAUAUAGGCGUGAUAAAACAUCAUGAGACACUAUUACGCAGGAAGUUAAGCGAAUGAAGAGAACAGUUCAAGCAGCAUAAUGCAACGAUGAUAGUAACUGUUUCUCCAGUCUCCAAACGAACACGUCUGUAUAUGCAGUAUCUGCACUGUUGUGGUCUAUCAACUUUCUGUACCCACUGGAUGUGAAGAGGCUCAACUUCAUAGCAGUUCGUAUCAAUAAACUAACAAUUAACUACGCACUGAUCUGGGCAAGAUAUUAUCAAAGGGAUUCGAACUACCACUAACACGAUAUCUCUGUUCUAUCAAAUUAAAACAUCGCAGGCCUGGCUUAACCAGCAAAUCGAUGGAGAACGUGGGCCUCCAACCACUCCUAGACAUCUUUCUCAAGCAUUUGUCCAAACCCUAAAGAAGACAAAUGACAACGCUGUGAGGGUUUUGCCAAGAUAUUUUGGCAGGUAGUCUACAGUUUUCGGAGGCAAAAUAUUAAAAUCGGACACUUCAACUUUGUAUUUAUUUACAAUGUAUUUCUAAAGAUAAAUUGGCUUUGACAUGAAGGAUAAAAAAUUUUUAGUAUGCUUUCUCCAGCAAUAUUCUGUCGUGUAAGAAAGGUGGGGGUCUUUAAUUGCGUAAAAACGAAAUCAGUCCUGCGGAAUUAUAGGCAGAGCGUGUUUUCGGUUUUACCUUAAAGGAGUAUAAGACGUUUAAUAAGGAGUUUGGUCUUCGGCAUUUCGGAACGUAUACACUUUUACUUGUGCGGGUUUUAAACUAGCUCAUACAAGACCUAUUCUUGCAAAAAAGGUUCCCCCUGUUUAUUUAGUGUCCACUGUCUGCAAAUCAAUAGGCCUUAAACAAUCGUUGCAAAUUCAUUCGAAAAAUGUCCAUUUAAAUAGGAAAACGUUAUCUUACUUCACGCAAACCCCUCGAUUUCCCCAGCCAGGGCAACCGAAUCGCCAGAAGUCGUCAGAAUGACAACACCCACCAAGGUCUUCUCCAAACCGUACCUGAGUCAUAACGUCCGGCACAUACAGCCCGUUAUCGCCCGUCCCCUCCCCUCGAUAGGCGUUUGCGCAAACGGCGACCCCGCGCGCAUUUGCCCCUUACAUUACAGGGCCUGCGUUACGGUGGAGAUAUUCCGAAAAUGCCCAAACAUCUGCGGAAACUGUGGUAAGUUUACAGAAGACGACUCCAUUCUGCCCACACUGUUAACCGGGUAAAGGCUACCUAUACACUGACGCACGAGAAACCUCUAAAAGAAUAGCAUGCUUAUUAUGACUAAAUGACCAUUUUCUUUAACUACGUAACAGAUUUGUACGAAUCUUUUCCCGAUUUCCCUUAAGAGAUAAGAGCUACAGCACAGUUACUUCGUGGUUAAUGUAUCUUCUUACAGAGAAAGCCAACGCUUGUUCGGUGGUAUAACCAACAAAUCUGGCCAACCGAAGUCCACAGGCGUUACUAACGAACUUUUUUGUUGGUUCACAGUUCAUAUCGCGGGAAGCGAAAUAGUGGACGUUUAUUUUCGGACUAGGCUGAUAUGCCUUCAAAACAUUCUUCCCAUGGGUUGGCUCCUUAAUGGGAAAUUCAAAACUAAGCUAGUUGCAAGCGUAUUCUGCCUCGAAGAUAAGCACCUGAACGCAUUAUUUUGAAUUUUAGGUUCCUGUGA